CCUAUUGUUUUAAGUGAAUUUUAUGAAAAUUUUUAUCUUUGAAAGAACUUUGCAAAACUGGUUGAAAAAUUGCAUGAAAAAACUCUUAAAUGUUGUCAAGAGUUUGAAAACCUAUUAUUCCACGUAAAUAUUAUGAAUUUUUUUAUCUUGUUAAAAAGUUUAAAAAACUUUUUGGGAAAAACCGUAAUUUUUUCUUUAAAUUUCAAAAUUGUACGAUGUUUAUAAGUAUGGGAGAUAUGAACUGUGUGAAUUUGCUCAAAUGGGGGAGCCUGGGCUGUGAUGUCACGCCGCGCUUCAUUUCCUUACCUUUUGAAUUGGUUACGGUGUUUUCGUCAUCGUAAAAACCCCUAGGAACUCAUGAUUCAACUUCUACUUUCAUACACGAAUACAAUGAAAAGUAGAAAACCUCGUAGAAUAUAUUUUCGUAAUCUAAGACCCGUCAUCGGUGCUCUCCACAAGGUCUCGGGUCUGGGUCCGACAUCAUGGGAGAAUGCAAUAGUGUAUUUUCUUCGGAAAAUACACCAAAAAAAUUAUGCGUGCAAACUCUCCAUUUCUCUGUGUAAUCCGGGUUGCGUUUCGGCAGAAAAACAAGGCGCGUCCAUGAGUUCCAGAAUGAAGCCGAGAUCAGACGCUGAGUUCCUCCCCCCAUCCGCCCAUCACGGUUGGAUCAUAGAGUAAUAGCUACCAGAAUAAGGGCAGCUUUGCUCCGAUUCCUGAAAUCUCCGCAACCCCCGCUCUGCCUACCGUUUCCACGGGGUAAAAGCGAAGUCCGCCGAUCUCACCCUACGUCUCUUUGCCGUUUCAAAUUUCGCGGGGCAAAAGAGGAUCUGUCUCGAAUAUUCUAUGCUCCAGGCUACAGAAUAUACAGGCUUCCAGGCUUCUCGAACGUUCGGCACGCGCUGCGUGUUCGCGUGUUGUGUUGUGACCGUAAUCGUAAAGUGUAAAGGCUGCGUAAUUGGAAGAAAUCUGCGUAAUUAAAGUUUUUAAAAAUUUCCGUUUAUUAUCGCGGUUUUUACUUUUUUAGGCCCUGUGCACCUGUGCUGUGUAGUGUGUGUUUGAUUUGUCCUAUCAUCAUUUCCCGCUAAUCACGCUAUUUUGUGAGGUUAGAGAUCGGCGGAUUAACCAAUUUCAAUUCAAUCUUCCACCAUGGUUAAAUCGUGCGGUGAAAACUGAACCAUUCUUAACCAAGCAUUCUUUCACAUCUGUAAUCAUUUAUAAAGUAUGGAGCCAGAUGAUGACUCUUCCUCGUCUUCAUGCAGUAGCGAAAGGAGGGAUGAACACGGGCCUUCAUUGGAAAUUGUUUUUCCCAGCUGCAGCACUCCAAAAAAAGAUAGCAGCAGACAUGGUAAUAUCCCCUCAUUGGUUUUCGAAAACGAAUCCUCUGUUGAAGAAUCAGAGUGUUCGCCAGCUAAAGUUCGUAAAAUUGUGCCGAGCGUCUCUGGAAAUGAGGAAAACUCUCUUAUCACCUCGAAUCUAAGUUUUUCCGACGCAAGCAGUUUCAACGACUCUGUUGGGCAGGCUUCUAUCGAUGAAACGUCUCUAAAAAAACCUCUUCACACGUACACAAGGGCGGGUCUUUGGAAAAGGCAGCAAAGGCUCAGUAAAGGCAAAGUAAAAGCAACUGAGAUUCUCUCAGAUGAUGAAAGCACCUCUGUGUCAGAGAUUCCAGAUAUGUCUAAUAAGAGCUUCAAUGAAUCUGAAACUUCUAUUGCUCUCUCCUCCUCAGGAAGCACCUGCGUUCAAAACUUAAACUCAAAUAUUUCCUUUGAUUCUUAUUCUGCAUCCAAAGAAGAACCCAUCCUUGAAAAUCUUGACAUAAAUGAUACUCUCUUUAAUUCUACCUUUCCUGAAGCACCAGCGAAUCAUCAUUCUGAUCCGAAUGUUGAAGGAGUAGCUAGUGUGGAAGAAAAUUCUAACAACUACUCGGUGAACAGUUAUGAAUCUGAAAGUGAUGAUUCGGGAGAUGAAUUUGAUGCUAAUGUCUUUGAAUGCUCUGAUAAUGGCCCAUUGCACUCUGAUUCAGACAAUACAGAUGAUGAUACCGAGAGUGAAAUGGAUGAUGAAGAAUUCUUCUCAUACUGUGAAUCUCUCAAAGCGGAUGGUCCUGCAGUGAAUGAUGAGCUUUCUGAACUGCAUGAAUUUCUUCGUAGCUGGGCUCUUAAGCACGGAAUCACUCAUGUUGCUCUUUCAGAUCUCUGCAAAGGUCUGAAAGAUACUCAUCCGGAGUGCUUUACUCAGUUGAAAAAAGAUGCUCGUUCGAUCUUGCACACCCCUAAGGAACCACUCAAGCUAAUUAAAGUUGACCCAGGUGAAUACAUCCAUGUUGGACUGCGCCAACAGUUAAAUUUCGCAUUUUCUCUUCUGACUACUGUAGUCACAUGUUUGUCCCUACUGUUCAACAUUGACGGAGUUCAGUUGUAUAAAAAUACUACGCACUCAUUAUGGACAAUUCUAAUGAUGGUUCCCUGCAUUCCUUCGUUAGCCAAUAAAGUGUUCGUUAUUGGCCUCUACUAUGGUAAAACGAAGCCUGAAGACGUGAAGGCUUUUUUACAGCCGUUCAUUGAUGAACUUCUAGAUAUUAUCGCAAAUAAUAAUUUUUCCAUCAAUGGUGUCCCAGUGAAAAUUGACAUAUUUGGAUUUUGUUGUGAUACCCCCGCUCGCUCUUAUAUUUUAUCAACAGUUUCGCAUACAGGAUAUUUUUCAUGCUUUCGCUGCACUUCAAGAGGAAGAACUGUUGCUCAUAGAAGAGUUUUCCCAAAAUUAAACAGUCGGCCAAGAGAAGAUACUAAAUUCAGAGCCAAACUUUACAGAAAAUUUCAGGUGGGAGAAACCCCACUGCUGCAGCUCCCUGGGCUAAAUUUUACCCGAAGUUUUAUAUUAGAUCCAAUGCAUCUAGUAUACAUCGGUGUUGCCAAAGGGCUGAUAACAUUGUGGGUUAAAGGAAAGCGACCCCACAGAUUGUCACCAGCUCUGCGUAGAGAAUUGCAAGUAAGGUUAGAGCGCUGCUUCUAUUUUAUACCAUCUGAGUUUUCAAGGAGGCCGAGGGACCUAAAGAACAUCAGUAUCUGGAAAGCCACAGAAGUACGUUUAUUUCUGUUGUACUUGGGUCCUGUGAUUUUGAGACGAAUUUUGGGACGUAAUCAAUAUUUGCAUUUUCUUGAGCUAGCAAUAGCAAUGCGCAUAUACCACAGUGCGGUCCUUUGUGCAAACGUUGAAAACAGGAACUACGCUAAAUCAUUAUUGUUUCAUUUCGUCGAAAACAUCAAAUUGCUUUAUGGAGUGAAGUUUGUCUCUCAUAACUGCCACACUCUAAAUCACUUGUGGGAGGAUGUAGAGUACUUUAUAGGAAGUAUUGAAGACUUCACUAUAGAUUGUAUAUCAGCAUGGCCAUUUGAGAACUUCAAUCAAUUUUUUUCAAAAUACACCAGAGGGCGUGCCAAAGCACUACAACAACUUGGCAGAAGACUGGCAGAAUUGUUUUCCUCAGAAUAUUGGCAGGCCAAAUACUACGCCAAAAACAAGAGCUUGAAUGGUGAACUUUUGGAUAAGCACAGUGAUGGGCCAGUUCCUUUGUUAUGCAAAGGUGUACAAUAUAAAACGGCUCAAUUCCCGGCCUUCAAACUCUCAGUGGACAAGUUAGGGGACUGCGUUUGUGGGACCAAAACCGGAGACGUCAUUAUUGCAAUGAACUUUAUUCAUGAUAGAAAAAAUGGCGUUAAAUAUGUUGUGGGAAAAAGAUUUGAGCAGAAAAGUAACUUUUUCAUGGAGCCUAUGCCUGAUAGCCAAUUAUACGGAAUAUCAAGUGUUUCCAAUCCGUCUAAAACCGUACUCACUUGGCCUUUGUCUGAAAUCGUUGUGAAAUACGUACGUGUACCUCUUAACGAAGAAGAAUAUGUUGUCCUCCCAUUAUUGCAUUCUGAUCUUACACCGUCAAAUUUUUGAAUAUCUCUUGUCCUCAGCUUUUCUCCUCUUUUGGCUCAACCAGCCGUUCCUCGGUGAAGAAUUGUCUUUGGACCUUAGUAAAAUUCCAUCACGGUCCAGAAGAGGAGCUGGACAUUAUCUGCAGUAAAUGGAUCAUGGAAACAACCAAAGAAA